CAAACCUCACCUCAUUACUUCACAAUUUAUGCUCUUUUUUCACAUUAUUUUCACUAUUUUAUUAGUUAAUUAUGUAAAUUGUUUUAUUUACCAAUUGAACCAACGACGUGACUUUUUAUUCAAUCACUUGAAAUCGCCAGAAAUUAACACAAUUUCCACACACUCAGACGUUUUUAGCCCGGGAAAUGAUCAAAUUUAUGCAAAUCCUACCGUAGAAUCCCAGACAAAUUCUCACAAUCUCAACACCCUUCAAGUUGUAGAUGAGUUUGGGCUGAGGAUUCCGAGAUUUCAUAGUGAUGACGAGGUGGUACGGAGGCAGUUGAUGUAUUAUGGCCCUGAAAUACCCCAAGAGCUCUGGGUCGAGCCACAACGACCCGUAGGAUUCUUCGGGAAAAACAACGUUUCACCGGAGGGCCAGUUUAUGCCGGCGAGGAGAGCAAUAGUGGUCCGUGCUAGGAGGAGAAAGUACUUUAAAACUAUUUACCACUUUGUGCGGAAAAGGUACAAGGAGUACAUUAGGGACUCGAGGACCAUUGGCGAGCUCAUGUACUGGAAAUACAAACUCGACGCGCUUCCCAAGGACUCCUCACCCGCCAAAUUUCAUCACUACUGCCCAAUUUCUGGAAGGUUUAGAGCGUAUUAUGGAUUUUUUGGACUUGGUAGGCAUUUCCUGAGAGAAUUUGUAAAUUUGGGCUAUGUACCUGGUGUUAGACCUGCCAACUGGUGAUUCACACAAUAAUUUAAUAUACUCCUAAAUAUACCCAA